AUGAUCGAUUUGACCACAGAGGAAACCGUACAACGAGAUCCUUAUAGAGGUGUUUCUACAGAUUAUUUCGAUCAUGGUGAUCAAGUUAUUACUUGUGAAGUUUGUUAUGCAAAGUUAUGGGAUGCAGAGAAAGGAAGCGGAAGAAAAGAGGGUGGCAAAAUAUGUCAUAUGUUAUGUUGUGGUUAUGCCAAAGUUGUGUUACCUGAUUAUAAAUCUGCGACACCUUAUUAUAAAAGUAUAUUCAUGUCCAAUGACAAUGAAAGCAUGCACUUUUUGAAAAACAUUCGACGUUACAAUUCUAUGUUCGCGUUUACAUCAAUGGGUGGUAAGGUUGACCAGACAGUUAAUACUGGUAAUGCUCCUUUUUGCUACAGAAUUAGUGGUGAAAAUUAUCAUUCUAUCGGUAGUCUUGUGCCAGAAAACGGAGGGAAACCUAAAUUUUGUCAGUUAUACAUAUACGAUACUAAAAAUGAGUUGGCAAACAGGUCUUCAGACAAUCCUUCCUCAUCAACCUCUUCAGACGAAACUGAUAAUAAGCUGAUACAACAGAUCAAAGCAAUGUUGGAUGCCAACAAUGUGCUUGUGAAAAUUUAUAGGAUGGUUAGAGAUUGCUUCCAACAGAAUCCUAAUACCACUUUAAAGCUUCGCCUUAUUGGGAAAAGAGAACAAGAUGGUCGGACUUAUAACUUACCUACUUCCUCCGAGGUUGCUGCUCUUAUUGUUGGAGAUAUUGAUAACGCUCUUGAGAAUAGAGAUAUUGUUGUCGAGACACAAACAGGGUCAUUAAAAAGAAUAAGUGAGUUGCAUCCUUCCUAUCUUGCACUUCAGUAUCCUAUUUUGUUCCCAUAUGGAGACGACGGUUACAGAAUUGACAUACCACAUAGGGGUGUCAUUGAUCUUACUAACAAGAAACGUCCGAAUUGUACAAUGAGAGAGUUUUUCGCGUAUCGUGUACAAGAUCGUAGUAACCAGUUUUCAUUGAUUCUAAAUUCUCGACGGUUAUUCCAACAGUUCUUGGUUGAUGCUUAUACGAUGAUUGAGAGCGAGCGACUUAACUUUAUAAGAUUUCAGCAACAAGAUCUCAGGUCUGAUACAUAUGAGAAUAUCCGAAAACUAAGAUAUAACGGCCAACAAGAUUUGUCUAAGGUUGGAAAACGUAUUUUCCUUCCAUCUUCCUUUACAGGCGGGUCACGAUAUAUGAUGCAAAACUAUCUUGACGCUAUGGCCAUUUGUAAAUGGUAUGGUUAUCCAGACUUUUUUAUAACCAUUACCUGCAAUCCCAAGUGGCCGGAGGUUCAAAGGUUUCUUAAAGACACAAAUCUUAAUCCGGAGGAUAGGCCUGAUAUUUUAUCGCGAAUCUUUAAAAUAAAGCUGGAUGCAAUUUGUAAAGAUUUGAAAGACCGUGAUUUGUUUGGAAAAGCUUCAGCUGUUGUUUACACUAUUGAGUUUCAGAAGCGAGGAUUGCCUCAUGCGCAUAUGUGCUUAUUCAUGGAGAAUGAUUACAAACUUCCAACUGUAGACCAUGUUGAUCAGUUUAUUUCUGCAGAAAUCCCUGAUUUAAACCAAGACCCGGAACUAUAUACGCUUGUGAAAGACCAUAUGAUUCACGGUCCAUGUGGUAAUGCUAGAAUGAGCUCUCCAUGUAUGGUUGAUAGAAAAUGUUCAAAAGGUUUUCCCAAGAAAUUUCAAGAUCACUCAACCUUGGAUUCUAACGGAUUUCCCUUAUACAGAAGAAGAGAUGACGGUUCCUUCGUUUUAAAAAAUAAAAUUGAGUUAGACAACAGAAGUGUUGUACCUUACAACAAAAAGCUUUUGAAAAGAUAUCAGGCGCAUAUAAACGUUGAAUGGUGCAACCAAGCGGCGUCAAUAAAGUAUUUGUUCAAGUAUAUUAAUAAAGGUCCUGAUAGAGCAACAGUUGUUGUGGUUCCGAGCAAUAAUGAAAACGAGCAACCAGAAAAUGAUGAAAUUAAAGAGUAUUAUGACUGUAGGUAUAUAUCUGCGUGUGAAGCCUCUUGGAGGAUUUUUUCGAAUGAAGUUAAUUAUAGGAGUCCUUCUGUUAUGCGGCUGAUUUUCCAUCUUCCUGGACAACAAACAGUUUGUUUCGGUCCUGAUGAAGAUAUUAAUCAAGUGCUAAACAAACCAUCUGUGAACUCAUCAAUGUUUUUGUCUUGGAUGCAACGUAAUCAAGAUCCUAACGACCAUGUUGCACGUACACUAACAUAUGUACGGUUUCCGCGUUUUUAUGUGUGGAAGCUUGACAAGCGUAUAUGGGUUCCGAGAAUAAAAGGAAAAACAAUUGGAAGAAUUCAUUCCGUUUCUCCUUCUACCGGUGAAGCGUACUAUUUAAGAAUUCUUCUUAACAAAGUUAAAGGACCAACAUCGUUUGAUGAUAUUAAAACAGUUAAUGGUCGAGUGUACGAUACUUUUAGAGAUGCUUGCUAUGCGCUUGGUUUGUUGGAUGACAACUCGGAGUACAUUGAGGCAAUCAAAGAAGCAAAUAUAUCAGGUAGUGCAGCUUAUAUUCGCAAUUUAUUCGCCACCAUGUUACUGUCAAGCACUUUAUCUAGACCUGAAGUAGUCUGGGAAAGCACAUGGAAGUAUAUGACAGAUGAUUUUCUGUACAGAUUCUCAAAGUAUCAUCGUGUUUCAGGUUUAUCAAUUCCUAAUGAGCAACUAAAGAACUAUGUUUUAUGCGAAAUCGAGAAGUUUUUAACUCGGAAUAAUUCAUCGCUUCGAAGAUUUUUAUCAAUGCCUUACCCGGAUACUUCAUCUUUAGAUAACUUUCGCUGCCGAUUGAUUAACGAAGAGCUUGCUUACGACAGAACAGAGUUACAAAAUGUUUAUCAAGUUCAUGGAGACAAUGGAGGAGUAUUUUUUGUUUACGGUUAUGGCGGGACCGAUAAAACAUUUUUAUGGAAAACAUUGUCUGCUGCAAUUAGGUCAAAAGGUGAGAUUGUAUUAAACGUUGCAUCUAGCGGAAUUGCAUCAUUGCUGUUGGAGGGAGGAAGAACGACUCAUUCUAGGUUUCAUAUACCUUUGAAUCUUAAUGAGGAUUCCGUUUGUCAUAUUAAACCAGACGAUGAUGUAGCUAAAUUACUACAGCAGACCAAACUCAUUAUAUGGGAUGAAGCUCCUAUGGUUCAUAAACAUGCAUUUGAGGCUUUGGAUAGAACUAUGCAUGACAUUUUCAAUAUAUCUAAUCCAUCCAGGUCUGAUGUUUUAUUUGGAGGAAAGGUAAUUGUAUUUGGUGGUGAUUUUAGGCAAAUAUUACCUGUUGUUCCAAACGGUGGACGACAAGAAAUUGUGAAUGCCUCAUUAUGUUCUUCUUAUCUAUGGAGUAAGUGUAAGUUGUUGACGUUAUCUAGUAACAUGAGGUUAACUGUUGGAAGACCAUCAUCUGAAGUUGAAGAGAUUAGUAAUUUUGCAAAAUGGUUGUUGGACGUUGGUGAGGGAAAUGUUGGUGGUUCCAAUGAUGGUGAAGCAAUAAUUGAAAUACCACCUGAGCUUUUAAUUGACAGCAUAUCUGAUCCAAUUUCUAGCCUGAUUGAUUUUGUUUAUCCGUCAAUCUUGGAGAACUACAAUGAUCGUAAUUACUUUAGUACCAGAGCUAUACUUGCGCCUAAGAAUGAGGUUGUUCACGAGAUUAAUGACAGAUUGUUGGCAGUUUUCCCUGGUGAAGAAAAAGAGUAUCUUAGUUCUGACAGUCUAUGCCCUACUGAAGAUGGCAAUGUUGAUCAGCAAAAAAUAUACUCCCCCGACGUGCUCAAUGGUCUUAAAGUGUCUGGUUUACCAAAUCAUAGGUUAGUGCUUAAAGUUGGUGUUCCAGUAAUGUUGUUGCGAAAUAUUGACCAACGAAAUGGUUUGUGUAACGGUACAAGGUUAAAGGUUACAAAACUUUACAGCCGUGUUAUUGAAGCUGAGAUAAUUUCAGGUGGAAAUAUUGGUUCUCGGACAUUCAUACCUAGAAUGAAUUUGGUACCUUCGGACAGAAAGAUUCCUUUUGCAUUUCAAAGGAGGCAAUUUCCAAUAACUGUAUGUUUUGCGAUGACGAUUAACAAAAGCCAGGGUCAGUCGCUAUCUAAGGUUGGGUUGUACCUAAGACAACCAGUUUUCACACAUGGUCAAUUGUACGUAGCUUUAUCCAGGGUUACAAGACGAGAUGGAAUCAAGUUACUAAUACUUGACAAUGAUGGCAGGCCUACAAAUAAAACAACCAAUGUUGUAUAUAAAGAGAUAUUCAAUGGAUUGAUGGAACGUCUUGAAUUUGAAAUGUUUGCUAACGAAAUCCUAUCAAGGCUACCAACAAAGUGUGUUGCUCGAUUAAGAUGUGUUUCCAAACAAUGGCGAUACGAAUUGUCGUCACAUUUGUUUGCGAUUAUUCACUAUCGUCGUACCACUAAAAAUGAAGAUCGUAAACUUAUAACGCUGACCAAGUCAUCAAUUGAUCUUCAUAACUUGAUUGGUGGAAAGGUGGACAUUUCUUCAAGGAAGAUUAUUUUGUUCCCCGUUGACACCUGUCUUUCAAAUCUAACAAUUCUUGCUUCUGAAUAUGGUCUUUUACUGAUCUCCAUCCAUUGGUUACCGAACGAAUUGAUUCUUUGGAAUCCAACAAGUAACCAAUUUUUGAAUUUGUGUGAUAAGAAACCUAAAAAUUUUUUUGAUUUAAGGGAAGAUGCAGUUGGGAUUUAUAUGGAUUCAUCUAACGAUCUAAAAAUAUUACUUCUCCAACGUCGUAAGGAUGAUGUUAUACCGCGUGUGUAUUCUCGGAACACAUGUGAAUGGGAAACUUUAACUUUCUUGAAAGGAGCUGAUUACGCUUCAAGUUUAUAUUGGUGGUCUUCCGGAACUUUAUGCAAUAAUGUUUUAUAUUUUCCAUCUCCACACUAUUGGACGCCUGCUAAAAGUUAUACGAUUGCUUUUGAUGUGGAAUCUGAAACUUUCUCAAAGGUUUCCAUUCCCCAAUCUACUGAUGUUAUUGGUCGCCAAACCAGUUUUCUCAAAAUCCGCAACACACUUCAUAUGUUUAUUGUUGUAGAGACCCCUCAAACAAACAUGAAGCUAUAUAAAUUUGAAGAUGAACUAUGGUCAGAAGUGGCGUCUUUUACAAACGUAAAGUUAUUUUACUCAUUGGAUUCAUGGCGUAAGAAAUUUGCUGAGAACAAAGGUGACACUUGGUCUGUUAAUAUCGAUCGGUGUGGUAUUUUUGAGAUACAAUUUGGACUGAAAGAUUUUCAAUACUUUCACGAUGCUGAGACCUUUCAAGGACUAUACAAUGUAGCAUCGUAUGAAGAGACCGUUUUCUCACCUAUUUAG